AUGAAAGAACUUUGUUUUCGCUGUAAACGACCGACCUAUUUUAAUGAUAAAAUUGGCCCAUUAAAAGAUGGCGUUCUUUUUCAUAAAGGAUGUUUCAAAUGUUGGAUAUGUGGAUCACGUUUAUCACUGAAAACUUAUCACAAUAACAGGAAUGAUACGCAAGAUCUUGAGGUAUAUUGCGCUGGACAUGUACCAACACCCGGGCCACAUGAUCCAAUACCACAUCGAUCCAAUCUUUUAUAUAGUCCAAAAACAAAAGGUGAAUAUCCGUACAAUCUAAUGAGGCCAACUGGACCAUAA